CUGUUGUUGCACAUCGCUGUCUGAGUUUUGAGCGGGAAGAGUCUAGCAUUCGCCGCGAUAAAAUUAAACCUAAGUAAGUUUAUUAAUUAAAAUAAUUAUGAAGUGCAAAAUACCCGAAAUUUCUUGGCACAAUCGGGACCCGGUGCUGAGUGUAGAUAUACAAUCAAAUAGUCAGGGAUUAACAGCACCCGCAACUUGCCGUCUCGCCUCGGGCGGCACCGACGCUCACGUCCUCAUUUGGUACGUAAAUCAAAUUAAGGAGGGCGAGGCCGAGAGCGUUGAACUGGAAUUGGCAGCGGACUUGGCGAGGCAUCAGCGUGCAGUUAACGCAGUGCGCUGGUCACCCAAUGGCGAACUGCUCGCAUCUGGCGACGAUGAAAGUGUUGUCUUCAUUUGGAAACAAAAAGCAGAGCACGAAGUAGUUAACAUUGUGGAUGCGGAUGGCAAUUGUGAACAGGAUCGUGAAGUUUGGCUGACUUUGAAGGUGUUGCGUGGCCAUCGGGAGGAUGUCUACGAUCUGAGCUGGGCGCCCAAUUCGAUGUUUCUGAUCACCGGCUCAGUGGAUAACACGGCUAUGUUAUGGGAUGUGCACAAGGGCAAGUCCCUGGCCAUAUUGGACGAUCACAAGGGUUAUGUGCAAGGCGUGGCAUGGGACCCAUGCAAUCAGUUUAUAGCUACGAUGAGCACCGACAGGCAUUUGCGGGUUUUCGACGCUAACACGAAACGCGUUUUGCAUCGCGUAAACAAGUCUACGCUGCCCGUUAAGGAGGGGCAUGAGCUACAUGGCCGUAGUAUACGCUUAUAUCAUGAUGGCACACUGCAAACCUUUUUUAGACGCCUCUGCUUUACACCCGACGGCAAGCUGCUGUUCACGCCUGCAGGCGUGACCGACUACGAUGGGGUGUUAAAGCCAACGCAUACAACAUAUGGCUACAGUCGCUACGAUCUGAGUAAGCCGGCUUUCGUGCUGCCCUUUCCCAAUGAAUACACCGUUGCUGUGCGCUGCUCACCUGUGUUGUACCGUCUGCGACCGUACGAUGCGGAAAAGAAUCCACCGAUGAUAACACUGCCAUAUCGUAUGAUCUAUGCGGUGGCCACCAAGAACUCUGUGUUCUUCUACGACACACAGCAGGCGGUGCCUUUUGCCAUCGUCUCGAAUAUUCAUUACACACGAUUGACUGAUCUAACCUGGUCGAAUGAUGGCAAUAUCUUGAUUGUAUCCAGCACCGAUGGAUUUUGCUCCGUGCUGACCUUCAGCGAUAAGGAACUGGGUGAACGAUAUGAAGACAUGGAUGCAGUGCUGUGCGCUGCAGCCAAAUCAUCGGAGAAUUUGCCCCAGCGGAAUCGUAAGAUCAAAAGGCAAAAGCUGCGCAAAAACUCAUUGGAUGAAUCGUCUAAGCGGAAACCGUUGCAAGACAAAACGAAAGCAAAUAAUAUUGCAGCCAAGCCCAGCGUGGGUAAAGCAAAUGAGUGCAAUGAGAGUGCAGAGACUGACUUGGAAGUAGACAAUGAUUCGUCCAUGCAGAGCAGCGGCUCGGCCAACGUAGCGAUCAGUCCCAAGCCUGUAGUCAAGGCAGAUGCGAAGCCAACGCCUAUUGCUUUCAGGCGUUCGCCACGCAAGACGACGGAGCCCCAACCAAUUGCAAUUCGUCGAAAAGUCAAAGAAGCCACGCCCACUGCAGCACCCAUCGAGAUUGCUGUGAAGCGGAAAGCCACUGAUGAUGCUGAGCCUUUGCCGAACAAGCCCAAGCAGCCAAUUGUUGUGCUAGGGAAGCCUAUUGAGGCAGUGCUCGAUAAGGAGAUCAUAAGCUCGGAUGAGAAAUUCGAGUCGCCAGAGAAGAAAUCCAGGCCUGCAACGCCCAUACAGGUGCGCAGAUUACCGCGCACGCCAGGCAGCAGCAGCAGCAACACUAAAACGCCUAAAUCAGUGCCUCAUGCCACGCCAAUUGCAGUGCGACGUACGCCAAGGGUGCUCAUUGAAGCGCCCGUCGUGAAUACGCCUGUGGUCGUCGAGGAGGCCAUGGAUGCCUGGCCGCUUGCCAUGGAGGAUGUAGUUCCAUUUCCAAAAGAAAAGUCGCCCGGUAAAAAGGCGGAAGCGAAUACGCAACUGGCCAUCAGCGAGGUGACCAUUGAGCGAACCGAGGAUAUGCGAUUGGUCUACGAGGAUACACAAGAGGAGACACCAACACCCGUUAAGAAGGGUACACCUGCCAAGAAAGGUACGCCUGUUAAGGCAGCAGCAAUUCCUGCCAAGGAAGAAGCAACGGCCGCUGCAAGAACAGCCACGUUGGUUGCCUCGCCAAAGCCCAGCACGCCCAAAGGCAAGACGCCGAGACGCGUUUCCUUGCGCACCAUUUCGACGCCCAAGUCAAAAAAGAAACUUUUGGAUUAGAAAUAUUUAGCAUAUAACAAAUCUAGACUUAGCCUCAACAGAUUUAUAUAGCAUAAGAUUAUUACAAUUGGUUUUUAGCUACCUUUUUAGUUCUUAGACCCACUCUUAAUAUUAUAAUAAAAUGCACAUAAACACGCAAACGAAUGUGAGAGAGCUGA